ACACCGUAAAAAUUAGAAUAACUUGCAUACAAACUUGUUGAUUGUCAUACUCCUGAUUGUUGGAGUUUUUAUACAUUUGAAACUUUAUUAUAUCUUGGUAAGACAGAUUAAUUAUAUAUAAAUAUGAUAUAUUUCUUGAAUUGCAAGACAUUACAUAGUACGUUAAUUUUCAGGGAAGUUGAGCGAUAAUCAGAAAUACAAUCGACUAAUUUAAUUGUAAAGCUGAUAAGUAAUCAAUGCAUUCUUAAGAGUCAUCAUACAUUUAAAUAUAUAUGAAUACAUGUCGAUAAUACUUUGAUUGGUCACCGUUAGUCUGACGGACCUAUUCACAAUAACUUUACCUUCAGCCAUUUGGAAACAAUGGUUGACAGAGCGAAUGUCAUUUCGAUAAGCAAUGAAGCAAGACCAUCCCAACAAGAAGAAGCUUCAGCGCAAGAGCGCAGUGAUCAAGAUACAUCUACCUACUUCGAUGAAAGAAUAACAAUUCCUGAUGCUGAUAGUACAAAAUUUAGUUUUCGUAAAUUAUGGGCAUUUACUGGUCCAGGCUUCCUCAUGAGUAUUGCUUACUUGGAUCCAGGAAAUAUUGAAUCAGAUUUACAGGCAGGAGCAGCAGCCAAAUUUAAGCUUAUUUGGGUUCUACUAAUGGCGCACGUACUAGGACUCUUAAUGCAGAGACUAGCAGCCAGAUUGGGGGUCGUGAGCGGAAUGCAUCUGGCGGAAGUUUCUUAUUGUCACUAUCCAAAAGUUCCACGACUUAUUCUAUGGUUAAUGGUUGAAAUAGCCAUUAUAGGUUCUGACAUGCAAGAAGUGAUUGGAACUGCAAUUGCCUUCUAUCUGCUAUCAAAUGGUAAAAUACCGCUAUAUGGCGGUGUCCUAAUUACAAUAGCAGAUACAUUUACAUUCCUCUUCCUUGAUAAAUAUGGUCUGAGAAAACUGGAAGGAUUUUUCGGUGCACUCAUAACUGUUAUGGCUGUUACUUUUGGUUAUCAGUACAUAGUAGCCAAACCAGAUCAAGGAGAACUAUUAAAAGGAAUGUUCUUUCCGUAUUGUCGUAAUUGUGAUAGUAAUGCACUAAAGCAAGCUGUUGGAAUAAUUGGUGCUGUGAUUAUGCCUCAUAAUAUUUAUUUACAUUCGGCACUUGUAAAAUCUCGAGAAGUUGACAGGAGUAAAAAGGUUCAAGUAUCGGAAGCAAACAGAUACUUGUUUUUAGAAUCCGGAAUUGCUCUAUUCGUUUCCUUUCUUAUCAAUCUCUUUGUUACCGCAGUUUUUGCAGAAGGUUUCUACGGUAAAAAUAGUACUGAAAUCUUUGAAAGCUGUAUAAAGCAAGGAAAUCCGCAUGCAAGCGUUUUUAAUGGUGUAUUUCUGGGUUGUCGAUAUGGACAGGCUGCUAUGUAUAUUUGGGCGAUAGGAAUCUUAGCAGCAGGUCAAAGUUCUACAAUGACCGGAACAUAUGCUGGACAAUUUGUUAUGGAGGGCUUCCUUAAUUUGAAAUGGGCUCGUUGGAAGAGAGUUUUAUUAACUCGAUCUAUUGCCAUUGUUCCCACCAUUUUAUUGGCGGCCUUUGAGGGUAUUACUCAAUUAACAAGCUUGAACGAUUCAAUGAAUGUUUUAAUGUCUUUACAAUUACCAUUUGCUUUGUUACCAAUUUUAACAUUUACCUCGUCGAAAUCUGUGAUGAGUUCCUUUAAGAACAGCUGGUUAUCAAAAAUCUUGACUAUUGUACUAACAAUUACUGUCAUGGCUAUUAACUUGUACUUUGCAAUUGAUAGUAUAAAAUCCAUAAGAGUUCAUCACUGGGCGUUGUAUACUCUUAUAGGAAUUUUGAUAUUUUUAUAUUGUGGAUUUAUCUUUUAUCUGGCCUGGUUUUGUAUAGUAGCGUUGGGAGCUCAACAAUUUGAUAAAUUAAAGUGCUGUCCAAAUGCAUUAGGAAAUUCAUACAAGCUAUUUGAGGGAUCAGAACUACUUGAUAGAGAAGACUCUGAGCUUGAGCCGUCUACACCACCUCUGGUAUAUCCUCCAUCGCCACAGUCAAUAUCCUCAAACGAUUCGGCUGCAUCUACAGAUGCAAUGAUAAGAACGAAUAAAAGGGCUUAUGGUACACGUCCUCCUUCUGAAAAGUAUCUUCAUACGUCUGAAAUCAAAUAA